CAGGAUUUGUAUCGCAAAGUUAGGAGCAUCCUCAACAAAUUAACUCCACAGAAGUUUGACACCCUCAUUCAGCAAGUUCACGAUCUCUCCAUUGACACAGAGGAGAAACUAAAGGGAUGUAUCAAGCUUAUCUUUGAGAAGGCCAUUGGUGAGCCCAGUUAUUCAAUUGCUUAUGCUCAAAUGGCCAAGAGUCUCAACAACCUGAGAGUGCAUAUGGAUGAGCAACCGAGUGAGACGGUCACCUUCCGAAAGUUGUUACUGAAUCAGUGCCAGAAGGAGUUUGAGAAGGAUAAGUUGGAGGAGAUUGACCUCGAGAAGAUGACCUUGCAAAUCGAACAAUCAACCUCCGAGAAAGAGAAACUUCAGUUGACUGAAGCCAAGCAGCAGGCUGAGAAUGUUGCAAAGAGGAGGUCCAUUGGUAACAUCAGAUUUAUAGGCGAAUUAUACAAGUUGAAGAUGUUGACGGAUAAUAUAAUGUUUGAAUGCAUCAAUCGACUCUUGAAGUACUCGAAUGAUGAGGACAACGUUGAAUGCCUCUGUCGUCUGCUCAUCACCAUUGGAUUCGACCUUGAUAAUGCUAAUCCAUUAUCUAAGCAACGACUGAAUCAGACGUUUGAAGAACUCAAGUCCAUUUCAUAUUCAAAGAGCAUUUCGUCAAGAAUAAAGUUCAUGAUUCAAGAUGUCCUAGAGCUGAGGGAGAAUGAUUGGGUGCCGAGACGAGAGGACACCCAGCCAAAGUUGAUCGAGCAGAUUCACAAAGAAGCA